UCAAAGUACAACUGAACUGAACUGAGUCACCCGGCUGGCGCUGCUAUGUCUUUGUUGAUAGUUCUGCUUGAGAAACAAAAUUUCUUGAUUGGACCUUUUAUUUAUUUGUGAUGUGAAGGAAUUUACUUCAUAAAUGCAGUUUCAGUAAUUCUCAUCUCUGAUUUUUCUAUUUCAUAAAUAAAUGAUGUAUUAAUGCCCGAGAAAUGUCUGAUAAAGAAUUUUCUGAGAUAUCUCAACCAGAAGCGGGCAAUUUGGAAAAACCCUGUUUAUAUGAUGUAAGUGUUGGAGGAUUUUAUUUAAAGAAUAAUUUAAGACUUUCUAAUGCUAGUAAAAAAAGAAAGAAUUAUGAAUGUGAAGUGUGUGGUAAAAUGGUUUCCCAGAAGAGUGUUUUAAAAGAACAUUUAAAUACGCAUACAAAGGAAAGGCCGCACGUAUGUGAGGAGUGCGGUAAAACAUUUGGUUGGAAGACUGCUUUAAAAUAUCACGCAUUUACUCAUACAAAAAUUAGACCUUAUGCAUGCGAACUGUGUGAAAAGGCUUUCCCUCGGAGGUAUAGCUUGGAAAAUCAUUUACUUUCCCAUACCAAAGAAAAACUUCAUAUAUGUAACGUGUGUGGUAAAGAACUUUCUCGGAAAGAUGUUUUAAGAAGGCACUUACGCAUUCAUAUGAAUGAACAACCCGAUAAAUCUGAAGUGAGUGACAAUGGAUUUCCACUUGAGAGUACUUCAAAGCAUUUAAAUACUUGCAAACAGGAAAAAGACAGUACAUAUGAAACAUGCGAUAGAGAGUUUUCAGAUCAAAUUAAUUUAAAUCGACAAUUGCAAAGUCAUUCAGAUACUAAAUCCUAUGUAUGUAAAGUAUGCAAUAAAGCAUUUUCUAAGAGAAAUGCCUUGUCAAGUCAUUUACUUAUUCAUUCUGAUGGAAUGAUCUAUGCAUGUAAAGAAUGUGGUAAAGAAUUUGCAUGUAAAAAUUAUUUGAAACGGCAUUUAGUAAUCCAUGAAGACAAGAAAGCCUAUCAAUGUCUAAUAUGUAAUAAAGCAUUUUCCCGUAAACUUAAUUUAAAAGUACAUUUGGUGGUUCAUACAGAUGAAAGGCCUUACACAUGUGAUGUGUGUGGCAGAGGAUUUACUCAGAAAAGUAGUUUAAAUACUCAUGUGCGUCUUCAUACGAAAGAAAAGCCACAUUUGUGUGGGGUAUGUGGUAAGAGAUUUACUCAGAAAAGUGGUUUAAAUACUCAUGUGCGUCUUCAUACGAAAGAAAAGCCACAUUUGUGUGGAGUAUGUGGUAAGAGAUAUACUCAGAAAAGUAGUUUAAAUACUCAUGUGUGUCUUCAUACGAAAGAAAAGCCACAUUUGUGUGGAGUAUGUGGUAAGAGAUUUACUCAGAAAAGUAAUUUAAAUUCACAUCUACUUCUUCAUGAUAAGCAAAAGCAGUAUCUGUGUGAAAUAUGUGGUAAAACAUUUUCUCAGAAAACUAAUUUUAAUUCCCAUUUGUUGACCCAUACAAAAGUAAAACCUCAUGCUUGUGUGGUGUGUGGUAAACAAUUUUCUCAGAUGCAUGUUUUGAAAGUGCAUUUGUUUACUCAUACAAAGGAAAAGCCCCAUACAUGUGAAGUGUGUAAUAAAGGAUUUUCUCAUAAAAGUAAUUUAAAAGUACAUUUACGUACUCACAUGAAAAAAAAGUUUUCUAAGUAAGAAAACUGUUAAACAUUAUCUUUUGAAAGCAUUUAGAUAUAUAUUUAACUUUCUAUUCAAAGGCAUGUGAAAGCUUAACAUGGUUGAGAAUUUUGUACUUUAUAAAAUUUAUAUAUUCUUUGCGAUACCAGAAAAAGUCUUGAAUCUGUGAAUUUUUUUAAAAGGAAAUUAAAAAAUCCUAUUUAUUUAUUUACACAUAAGUUCAGUGUGAUAGAAAAAUUAUCAUGUAUUGAAGAAACACAAGAUAACUUUCAACUUUUCAGACAAAUGUAUUUAUGUUCGUCAGAGCUUAUCAAACUGUGGAUCAUGAUCCCACUUGGAUGUGUGUAAAACCAUGUUGUUAAAAACUUUUCUUAAUGCUACUUUAAUACUUCUGUGAAUGUUAAUUUAAAAUAUAUAUUAGACAUUGUUUUUAUUUCUUAUAUAAAACAGCUGGCAGUACUUAGUAUUUGAUUAAAUAUUAUGAUCUGAGAAUAAUUAUUUUGAAAAGAUAAAUGUAAUAUAAGAGUCAUUGAAAGGAUUUUUAAGACAUUUUCUGAGGACUUGAAAAUAUAAAAGGCAUUGCCAUUGGAGGAGAUUGCUUUGAAAUAAUAAAUAUUGACCAAUUCCUUCAAAUCAAUUGAAGGAAUUAAUUAAUUAAUACCUUUUAUUUUACAAGAGCCUUCCCAAUACUUAAUAAUGUUUAGUUUUUGUGAGUAAAAAUAGUAAAGA